AUGUAUAACGAUGAAAUGCGUGGUGAUGGUUCUAAUGAUAGGGGUGAUGAUAUCCGUAAGGCAAAUCAUAAUGAUAAAAGUUUACAAGGAUUGCAACAACAACUCAACUACAACAAGACCAGCAACAACACAUCCAACAUGAAUGACGUAAUUUUCAUCACGAUCGUCAUCGUCUUUUGCAACAACAACGAGAACGACAACGGCGACGACACCAAAAACGCUAACGACGACAACAGCAGCGGCAACAUCAACAACAACAUUGGCAAGAAGGAGAACAACGACAAUACACAGGACCCAUACAUAACCCCUGUUAAUAAUUCACGGCAUAUUCAGAUUAAAAAGUCCGACUUCCUUGCUGCUCUGGUGUCGCGAGCUUUAUGA